AUGGCGUACUUCGGCGGCCGCGGCCAGGGAGCGGACGGCGGGUGGUUCGUGCCCGGCGCCGACGGGUGGGCGCUCCCAUGGGGGAGGGGCGCUGCCGCUGCCGGCGGCGGAGGCGAGAGGGAUACGCUGGCGACGGUGAUGGCAAUGAGGGCGCCGCCGCCGGCUGCGAUCCGGCGGGACGCGGUGCGCGCCGCGGAGGCGGCCGCCGGCGAGGUGGUGCUGCGCGUCCACCCCACCCAGGAGGCGGAGCGGCGCCGCCAGGACGUCAUCAGCUACCUCAGGCGACUCAUCGGCUCCUCCCUCGGCUGCGAGGUCUUUGCAUUUGGAUCAGUGCCGCUGAGGACGUAUCUCCCCGAUGGCGACGUUGAUAUAACCGUACUGGGGAACACAUGGUUAAACAGUACACUCAUCGAUGAUGUCCGCAGCAUGCUCGAGUCGGAACAGGAAAACUGUGACGCCGAGUUCAAACUGACAGGCUUGCACUUCAUCAACGCUGAGGUUAAGCUCAUAAAAUGUACUAUUGAGAGCAUUAUCGUGGAUGUCUCUUUCAACCAGAUUGGGGGGGUGUCCACGUUCUGCUUUCUUGAGCUGGUUGACCGUCAGAUUGGCAAAAACCAUUUGUUCAAAAGGAGCAUUAUGUUAAUCAAGGCUUGGUGCUACCAUGAAAGUCGCAUAUUAGGAGCCCAUCAUGGACUGAUAUCUACUUAUGCCUUGGAAACACUUAUUCUUUACAUAUUCAAUAUGUUCCACAAGUCUCUGCAUGGUCCUCUGGAGGCCCUUUAUAGGUUUUUGGAAUAUUUUAGCAAGUUUGACUGGGAUCGAUAUGGCAUUAGCUUAAAUGGUCCUGUUGAUUUGUCAUCAUUACCGAACUUAACUGUGGAACCUACAGAAAUACAAGGUGAAUUAUUGCUUGGCAAGGAAUUCCAACAAGGCUAUUUGGAUAGACUUCUUGUAAUUCCAAAUGAGUUUGACGGAUGCGACACACAAUUCCGCCAGAAGUUUUUAAACAUAAUCGAUCCACUCAAGGCGAAUAAUAAUCUCGGCAGAAGUGUCAGCAAAGCAAACUUUUAUCGCAUACACAGUGCUUUCUCAUUUGGAGCACAAAAGCUUGGUCAAAUUCUCAUGUUACCCUCCGAGUACAUUCGUGAUGAAAUUUACGAAUUUUUCGCAAACACACUGAAGAGACAUGGAAAGGGAGAAAGACCUGACAUUGACACUUGUAGUUCAUUCCAACCCUUGCUUGGUCCUGAGAGGGCACUUAGUGAAGAUGGAUCGAGGUGUAAAUAUUCUUGCAUGAAUGAGGGUGAAAACGGAAGUUCAUGUCAUUCAUCGAAACUGCCAGACAAGGACUCGAGUGUGACAGAUGUGCAUAAGAAUUCAGGUAAGUAUUUGCCUGGUCUUGUUCAGGAUCUUCCUUGGAACAAAAUCUGGUUCAUGGAACAUGCAUCUGAUUUCAAAGAAAAUGCAUCAACUUUAGCAAGUUUAAGGAGACACUCAUCCUUUUCUCAAGAUAAUGGUAAUGGCAACAGUAAAGAGUGCUUGGAGAAUUAUGCAGCAGAGGAAGAUUUACACCAGAUAAGUAGAUUAAAUGUGCCACAACAGAUUUAUGCGGAGCAUCCAUCGCAUAUAUUGACUAACUCGACUAGUGCAAAUAUCUUGGAUUUUUCCAGUUCUUGUUUUGUUGAUGAGUCAGAUUGGACUGCUCCCCGUGCAGGAAAAAAGCUACUCCCACCCUUCUUGCUGUCAAAUAUGCUGGAUCUCUCAGGUGAUCUGGAGCUGCACUUGGGAUGCCUUCGCAAAGUUCAGUACCACCUGGAGUCUUUGUUUGAUGAACUCCUGCAGGCUGUUGAAGAAGCAUGUUUAGCUUAUGUGCUAGAUGAGGAUUCUUUCAAGAUGCCAGACAUGAUCUUGAAGUUGAAAACUAGCACUAGAUCCUCAAGCCUGUCAUUAGCUUCAUCUACUGAUAGCGAGAGAAGGAAACUAUCUCCUGUGUAUUGUUCUAAUAGGACAGGAGAUGAUUCACAACAACCAUAUGCUGAGGCCCAAGUGGAUAUGGUUUGGCAGCAGAAUAUACCAUUGUCCCCCAACGGAUCAACAUUUCCUUCAUCUCCUUCAACCAAUUCAGAUAACUAUCCUGUUUCUUGGUUUUGUUUCUCUCCUAAGACGCAUGGAACUGGCACAUACAUUCCCAAUGUGAGUUAUCAUACAUACAGGGAGCGUGUAACGCUUGAAAGAGAAAUCAUACGAGCAAGAAAACAAAGACAGAGGUUACCUGAUCGUCGGUAUCACUCAGCUGAGCAAGGAUAUUCUGGCUCACAAACUGAAGAUGCCAUAGCUCAAAGUGCAACAAAUCAAUCGUUCAAGAAGCAAAACAGUGCGCAGCAGAGUGGUUAUUCAAGCAAGAGCUCAGUUCCGGAUGGAGAUUUUGUUCGUUUCAAGGAGCAUGUAGCAACAGACGGUGGAACCAAACAGGCAGUAGGAAGAGAUUUUGUUGAGGAGGGAAGACAGACAAAGCCACCAUCAUCUUCGUCAGGGAUAGUACUUCCUCAAAAUGGUCCUACCUGUCAGCCUUCCUCACCUGCCACAGCAGAUUUUUUACAUGCGGCGGAAAGUUUGGAGUUUGGAUCCUUGGGGCCUUUCUCGUUGGGACUUACCCCAACCUCAACACAGUUUGAGGAAGCAUUCCCAGCGCUCCCCACUAGAAAGAGAGCUGAAGUAGUACCACCCCCUGUUAGCAAGGCGCCUGCUGAAGCCCCUGCUUCAGUGGCGCCGAGCGCUAAGGCUGUUGAAACCAAAAGCAGGUCAGAAGAGAAUGAAGAGAUGUACCAACUGAGAGAUGAAGCUGAUUUCCCUCCCCUCCAAGCUGGUUGCCGCUGA